AAAAGAAAAAGGCGAUCUCGUGGUCACGUGACAAGACGUUCACCAGUGGAGGAAGUCCAGCGACAACAGGAGGCCGUGAUUAGUUUACAUUUAUCACAGUUUUCUGUAAAUAAAACUUUUGAGGAGACAGAUUAGACGCUUGUGUUUGCUGCAGGCCUUCGGCUUCUCCACCAAGUGCCAAAAUGACGGCGUCGGUGUUUUUCGGUUGCACUUUCAUCGCCUUCGGCCCGGCCAUCGCACUGUUCCUGUUUACCAUCGCCCGGGAGCCGCUGAGGGUCAUUUUCCUCAUCGCAGGAGCAUUUUUCUGGCUGGUGUCUCUGCUGCUGUCGUCGCUUGUGUGGUUCAUCUCAGUUCAGAUCAGUAACAAGGAGAGUGCCGUGCAGCAGAAAGGUCUGCUCAUCUUUGGCGUGGUGCUGUCUGUUCUGCUGCAGGAAACCUUCCGCUUUGCUUAUUACAAGCUACUGAAGAAAGCAAAUGAAGGACUCCUCACUCUCAGUCAAGAGGAAACCAUGCCCAUCUCUAUACGGCAGCUGGCCUAUGUGUCCGGCCUUGGGUUUGGCUUCAUGAGUGGAGCCUUCUCAGUGGUAAACAUCUUGGCUGACUCUGUGGGACCAGGGACUGUCGGUAUCCAUGGAGACUCACAGCACUACUUUCUGUCCUCAGCCUUCAUGACCAUGGCCAUCAUCUUACUUCACAUGUUCUGGGGCGUUGUGUUCUUUGAUGCCUGUGAGAAGUCGCGCUGGUGGGCUGUGGCUGCUGUUGUUAUCAGUCACCUUGUGGUGUCUUGUCUGACUUUCCAAAACCCUGAGUAUGUUGCCAGCCUUAUUCCCACCUACGUCAUCUUGUUCGUGAUGGGCAUCUGGGCAUUUUAUUCUGCGGGCGGCUCGUUCAGAAACCUCAAACUCUGCCUCACCUGUAAAGACAAGGAUUUUCUGCUCUCCAACCACCGGUCAAGAUAACGCAUCACACCAGGCACCAUGCAGGACUCUAUCCAAAGAUCCCCCAGUUUCUCGCACCGUCACACAGACACACACACAGACACUAUAACAAAGCAUGACUACUUCUUCAUGCACACACUGAGCAGUUUCACCUGCGAGUUUUGUCAUCUCAAGUUGAUUAAACAUUUUGUUAGCCCCAAAAUAAGUUUCAUUUAAAUUACAUGUAAGGUUUUAUUCAAAAGAACACAAUAUUUAUAUUUGGUCAACAGUAUGCUCUGUUUGUUUCCCGAUGCUGUAAAACAGAAACAAAACAGAUGAGAAACCUUCAAAAUAUUAAGAUAUUUGAAGUGAGCUUGAGAAUUUUAUUCUUUCUUUACAUCUGUCAGAAGUUUUCUUUCAUAUGUCAAGUCUUUGGGUGGAUAUGAUCAUCCAUCCAAAAACUAUGUAAAUAUACAUUGAUGCAUUCCCUCUUUUGUAGAUAGUGACAUGUUUUAACUCUUUUCCAAGUUGUUUCAGCAUCCUUAAGUCUGUUCCAGAAGCUGCCUGUGAUUCUCACCUUUCUUCUAAUUUCUUCUAAAUUAAUGCCGACUUCAAGAUGAUAAGAGGAUACAUGACUGACAGUUAUCUUGAGAUCAAUACUACCUUUCUGUGAUUGAAUUGUGGUACAUAAUUAUACUUCAAAACUGUCUUUUUUUUAUUCCCUCUUGAAAGAACAAAUAUCACAGUUGGCAGUUAUAUACAUAAAAAUGUCAUGCCAGGGUUUUGGUUUUGCCCUGUCAUCUCUCAUUGUCCCCGAGUGCCAACAUUAGAGUGUUUGCUGUUUCCAUCCAGAGUUAAGAAGCUCAAACUGACUGUAUAUCCUCAAAAAGUAUUGAAAAACUUUGGAACAGAAUCAAUUUUUUCAAAAAGUUUGUAUCACCCUAACACACCCGAGUUAAAUAAAAACAUCAAAUGUUGUAGGUUAGUCUGUGGUUGUCCUACUACUUUAACUUUGUUCUGUGCCCAGUGUGCACACAAACACAGCAUUCAAACAUAUACAUGAGAUCAUAAUCAGGCUGAGGUUUUCAACCCUGUUAAUAAUUGAAAAUGUUCUAUGUCUUUGUUGCCUUUUUUAUGUGGUAGUCUUUUUGAAUGAGUACAGAACUUGAUGUGAGUUUUGUCCAAUAUUUUAGAAACUGCACACAUUGGAUGUUUUUUUUCUGUUUUUCCAACAUGUUUUGUGUUUUUGCUUUUUCUUUGUUUUUUUGGAACGUCAUGUGCAGUUUGCACAGAUCAGUGUCCCGGAUUUCACCAUGGUGGAAUAGAUGUUGACCACAAGGUAAAGAUAAAGAGAAAAACAAACA